CCGGCCUCCUUCUCCAGGCGCAUAGGUGUGGUUUACAAUGUGUACAUCGCGAGAAUACGUCUGCGGCGACUUUCGGGUGUUUGAGCAGGGUGAGAAACACACGAUAGAAGCGACGAAAGCAAGCGGGUGGACGAAAGGCCGUAUCAGGGAUCUAUUCUCUGUGGAGUGUGCUGCGUGUGUUCCAUUUGUCGAUGCAGAACUGACUCGUUUGGACGGCAGUGUCGAAGUGAAGCUGACUGAGGUGAGUGAUAACAUGGGCUCUCUGUCCAGGCAGACACCCUCUGCUCUCUCUCUCUCUCUCUGUGUUUGCUUUGCCUUGUGAAGACGGUCAGCUCUGAAGAGGGGGAUGAUCUGUUCCUGGCCUAUCCCAUAGAGGUGGGCGCUCACAAGCAAAGCAACCAACAGCCCAGCACAGCCCAUACUGCUUCUUGCCUGCCUGCCUGCCUCUUGCAUCCUUUCUGGCCUGUCUGUUUGAUGUGAUGUGAUGUGAUGUGAUGUGAUGUGAUGUGAUGAUCGGUCAGUGUGACGUGCCAUCGCUGACGUGGGUGCGUGACGAGGAUGGGUUCAUGGCGGUGCCCCAGUGCGAGGCGUGGGCCACCACGGCGGCAGACACGGCCUUCAUCGAGCUGUCCAACGACUGGUGGGUGGCCAUGAGAUACCACUUCGACCCGCUCAUACGCAGAUACCUCCACUUCGCAUCAUUCGGUCAGUCAGGCAGUCAGUGGGGUGGGGAACACACGUGUGUGUGGUGGGAAUGAGAGAGAGACGAGUGUGUGUGGAUGUGUGUGUGUGUGUGUGUGUGUGCAGCUCGUGGUUUCUUUCGCGUGUUCAUUCUGCCUGUGUUUGCUGACGAGUACGCCCGCAUUGUAGUGGUGACGCAUUUCCACAAGCUGCGUGAGCUGACGUGCACGAUGCCUGAGGACAAGACAGACUACGACACCAUCGCUCUGCUCAAGCAGUGCAUACUCGGUCACAAACACACACACACACACACACACACAGAGUGAAUGAUGCACCACUUUGCUCUCCGUGUGUGCGUCUCGUAUCAGCCCCGUGUGUGGGCGAGUGGCCGUCCCUCCCCCUCCCCCUAUUAGACCCCUCGCCCUCGCCCCCGCCCCACUCCGCCCCAGCAGCAGCAUCAGAGGACAUCUCGCUCUUUCCCCAUCAGCAGGCCACAGUGGACUGGAUGAUUGCCACCGAGCGGGCCGACCCAGGCCAGCUCGGCAAGCUCGAGAGGCGGCUGCCGGACGAGUACGGCCACUGCUUCUCAUUCCACACAGAGGAGGUGCCGCUCAAGCACAACUCGCAGAAGCCGUGGCUGUCCAACAAUCGGAACGGUCGUCGGGCGGAGAUCUGUCGGCCGCGGGGCGGCAUGAUAUGCCACCCUGUGGGGGCGGGCAAGACCGUCAUUGCCGCAAGCGUGAUAGCCAACAACUCGCGGGAGGGCAAGAAGACGCUCGUGUUCGUGCCGGACCAUCUGGUGGGCUGGGGAGGGGGGGGGUGGUGGGAUCGUGCAAUGGGUCGGGGCCCAAAAGCUGACUGACGUCACGCAUUCAUGGCAUUUGUCGUCAUUGUCUGUCUUCCGUGUCAGGCUGGGCAGUGGAUGCGCGAGCUGCUGCGUGUGAUCCAUCCCUCGUCAUGUCCGUCGGAAGACCACCCCUCCGGCCCUGCCGAGGGCGCCCCUCCCUCUCCGCGCGACCCCAGCCUCUCCCCGCUGCCAUUGCUCGACCCCUACGGUCCUGCUGAGGAGGCCAAGCCGUGUGGUGGGGGCCUGCGGGUGGUCAUGUACCAUAGCGACGGAUACCGACCUGGUCAGUCUGUCAGGCAUCGUGGCUAGAUGAAUCCAUUCCAUUGACGGCAGUGCAUGGCAUGCGGUGGUUUCUUGUGUGUGUGUCCAUUAGAGGACGGUCAUGCGGAUCACGAGUUGGAGGACGACAUGUUCGACGAGGAGGACUUGGAGAACUUCGAUCUCCUGCAGCUCUUCGAGAGCGACAAUCCACACCCACACCUGCCACACACAGCAACACCCACACCCACACGAACACCACUGCCCCACUCGCCACCAUUCCACCCUCAUCCACACCCACAUGACGCCUCGUCGCCCCGCUCGUGUCUGCCCAAGCUUGACAGGCACGGCCGAGUGUCGCUGGACCGGAGCUCGUCGUCGUCUGCGGUGUGGUUCAGCAACGAGGUGGAUGGUGCGGACGUGAUAGUGGUGCCUUACGGGAUGCUGCGGCGGUUCUUCAAGAGGGAGGGGUACAAGAUGAUUAGGGACAGGGCGCUGGAGAGGGUCGUCAUCGACGAGCCGCAGGAUAUUCUUGGUCAGGCAGACAGCGAACGAGGGGCGAUGGAGGGGAGGGGAGGGGAGGGGACGGGGAUGUGGGAAGAAUGUGUUCUGUGUGGUGUGGUCCUUCCUGUCUGAGUGCAGAUCCGUCGUCUAAGUCCAGUGGUAUGCUGUUCAGCCUGCUGCUGACGUUCUGCGACCCCCAGCAGCAGGACCAGCCCUUCUCAAGGUCACAAGAAACAAAGAAAGCCCUCGCACCAGUGCCAUGCCAUGCAUUCCUGUGCACAAUAUAUUCCCCUCUGUCUGUCUGUCUGUCUGUGUGUGUCUGUGUGCGUUAAGGUGGAUUCUGACGGCGACGCCGAUGAUCUGUCUCGACCCGCUGCUCAUGCUGGCCAUCGGCUUCCGCAUCACGCCCGCAUUCGCUGCGGCCAUCCGGGCCGACUUCAUCAGAAAGUCCGUACGCCACACCUCCAGACACACGCACACACACACACACACACACAGAGAGAGAGAGAGAGAGGUGCUGUAUGGUGUGCAUGUGGUUAUGCGGGUCAUUCAGAUGUUGUGUGCGGAAUCCGCUGUCUGAGUGCCUGGUGCCUCCCCCGAUCCACUUCCACAUGCUGCCGGUGACCCUCACGCUGGAGGAGACCUCCUCCGUCCUCUACCACGCCAUGACCACACAGACACUGCAGACAAUGGUCAGUCCAACCACAACCACACCAAUGACGCACGUUUCCCUCCUGUGUGGGGGUGUGUGCAGGUGCGUGUGUGUUCCGAGGGUCCGAUGAGUCUGCACCAGACGCCCCCUGAGGAGGAGAGCUCCAUCCUCAAGAAGGCUGCCAGGAAGUUCGGCUCGGCGUCGGACUGGUACACGUCGCGCAAGACCGCCACACUGAGAGCCAUUGCGGUGAGUGAGUGAAUGAGUUGGCGGACGAUUGGUGCCCCUAUACGGCCAUUGCUGUUUGGGUGUCCUGGUGUGUGUCGGUCAGGCAUUGCGUCGCGAGCUGAGUGAGAUCGAGAAGACCAUCGAAGCGUCGGAGAAUCUGUCCAAUCUUGUCGAGGUGAGAACGUCCACCUCAUGUGUUCUGUGGGGAUGCGCGGCCAUUUUGUUGUUCGUUUGUGUGUGUGUGCGUGUGUGUGUGUAGGAUGGGGACAUUGGUUAUCCUGAGGGCGACACUGACGACGACCCCGACCUGCCUGAGUGGGUGGAGGAGGACGACAGACACAUCAUCUUCAGGCGGGACCAGCUGCUCAGAUCCCUCAGGGAGAAGGACAGAUUCCUUAUAUUCAUGGUCAGUGUCAGUCGGGGGGGCACGGAACAAACACAUCACACACACACAACCACACACGCCAUUUCUGCCGCCAUUGAUCUUAAUCAGGACCACGUGAUGCUGACGCUGGAGGGCGACGCAUCCCACCGGCCCCCACACCCACACCCACACCCACAGCCAUCACCCCCCUCUCCCCUCACACACCACACCCACACCCACACCCCCAGGCACAGCAAGCGGCACUCGCACAAGAGCAGUCAGUCGCGCACAUCCGACUCGACGCCCCCCUCCCAGCACCCAGCCCCCGCCCCCUCCCCAUCGGAUGACAUGGACCUGCCAUUGAUGCCGCUGCCAGAGGCCCAUCCAGAGGGGAUCUUGGCGUCUGAGAGAAAUAGAGACAGGGAUGAGGAUGGUGGGAGGAGCUCGCCGAGGAGGGACAAGGGGCGCACUCGGGGCGGCUGGCGAGGGGGGUCGUCGCCGCGCGUGGCUGCUGCUGCCUCUGCUGCGGCGCCAUCUGGUGCCGGAGAGGCUGUCGUCGCCUCUAGUGUUGCUGGUUCUCCGUGUGGCGUGACUGAGAGCGACGUCAAGGCCGCAGGUAUGUUAAUGAGCAUGGGAGCAAUCGCAUGCUGAUUGAUCGAUCCACUGAUGGUUGUGUGACGUCUUGACGUCUUGUGCAGCGUGUUGCAUCUGUUUCGAGGGCGUGGCUCAGAAGGGCGCCGUGACGGUGCUGCCCUGCUUGCAUUGGGUGUGCAGACACUGCUCCGCAAGACUGGUCGACGAACAGGUAACCAACACACGACACACAUAGCACAUGGCACACAUGGCACACAUGGCACAAGAAGCACCACCACCACAACCAUCGCUCUCUCUCUCUCUCUCUCUCCCCCUUUAUCUCUCUGUGCAGGCCAAGAUUCGUUGCCCGAUGUGCCGGAGCGUGUCUGCAGUGCGGAUGGCCUGCACCUUCACAGUGGGGCCCAAGCCAGGACACACACCCAGCGGCCGGCACUCCCAUGGACAUGGCCAGGGACAUGGACAGGGCAGUGCGCCGUCAUCGCUGGGCGAGUGCAGCACCAAGAUCGGCUACCUGUGUCUGACCAUACGGCAGCUGCUCGAACAGACGGAUGACAAGUGCAUCGUAUUCGCUCAGGUCAGCGGAGAAAAGGGCUCUUGAAAGAUGGCCGUGUGGAGGAAGGGCAUUUCCUGUCUCUCUCUCUCUCUCUCUCUCUGUGAUGUUCAGUGGCAGAGCUUGCUCGAGUCGAUAAGAGCGGCCCUGACUCUUGCGUGUGGCAAUGAGUCGGUGCUGAUGCUGGGCGAGGGCAUGUCGAUCCGCGAGCGCAUCACCGUCCUGGACCGGUUCUGCCUGCGACACCCACACCCACACCAGCAUCAGCACCACCCCACCCACCCCAGCAGCAGCAGAACCGCAUCAGGCACACCAUCGCCCGUAUUCCGGCCCCUCCCGUCGCCCACACUCACCCACGCGCAGUCCCCGCCAGCAUCCUCCUCUUCCUUUGCGUGUGGUGCUGCCGCUGCUGCGGCAUCGAGCAGCAGCAGCACCAGCAGCUCGUUCCGCCACCGAAUCUUACUGCUAUCGUCGGAGCAGCACGCUUCAGGUGGGUGAGGGAGGCCCGUGCUGUGGUGGCUGUCAAGCGUGUGUGCUGUACAUGUCUCUCUCUCUCUCUCUCUCUCCCUCCCUCUGUGUGUCUUUGUGGCGUAGGUGCGUCGCUGCACAUAGCGAACCACAUCUUCAUCGUGCACCCCUACUGCGGGUCCGAGGCGUGUGCCGUCGACUGCGUCCCGCUGGAGCGGGCGCUCGACUUUGAAAGACAGGCCAUCGGUGAGGGAGGGAGGGAGGGAGUCAGUGAUGAGUGGGAGAGAGAGUGAUCACCGCACCGCCUUUUGUGGACGUGUGGUUCCGUGUGGACAUGUGUCCCGGCAGGUCGUGUGCAUCGGUAUCCGCAGGAGAAGGAGACACACGUCUACCGCCUCUACGCACAACGGUCGGUGCGGUGCAUCAGAAGACACAAUACCAACCGAGAGGGGCAGCUGGGUGGACGGAAUUGUUCGUUCGUGUGGUGGGUCUGGUGUCUGGUGUCUGUCGUGUCGUGUGUGUCCCCAGGUCGAUAGAGGAGGAGCUGUACGCCCGGUGGAACUGGAUGCGGGCAUCGCCGCCGCCGUCGAGACCACUCAGCCCCCACCAUGAGGGCCACAUGGAAGACUAGAUAGAUCCACGGAGAGGAAAGGGCUGUUUUGUAGCCCCCCAGAUACAAGCAUGCCACGGUGGAGUGGACUCUUUUUGCGUCCAGGGAGUGUGUAUGUGUGUAUGUCAGCUAGCAGUCGAGUCAACGUCACCACACCACACCACACCACACUGUAUAGUAGCUUCUGCCUGCCGGUCAGGGUGUGUGGACUUUUUCAUCACCCCCGGGUGGGGUGGGUGCAUGCCAUGGCACGACAGACACCUUUUGCCGUCCGUUUUGGCCCGUCUGUCUGUCUGCCCGCCAUCGAUUGGUCCGCAUCCAUCCAUCCUAUAUUCAUCCUUCCUUCCAAUCUUCCUUCUGCCUAUGAGUGAGUGUAAUGAUGAGCAGUGUGCGCGAUGGGGUGUGGCAGGGCAUCUAGUAGGCUGGGCUGCAUGGGUGUCUCAACCAACCGGCUGGGCUACAUGUGUUUGCAUGUAUGGGUGUGUGGGUGUGUGGGUAUGGGGAUCGGGCCACUUUCUGUUGUUUGUGUAGAGGACAGCCGGGCUGUACAAAGCACAUCACAUACGGGGGGGGAUGCCUGAGGUUACCGUGCGUGG